CUUCUGAGCUGAACUAGCGACAUCUGCCUUCACUGAUCCUGGUCGGCCUCAGUUUCCCCCUCCAGAAGUCGGCCAGGGCUGCACGCGCUCUUCCUCUACGCCAGUCCCGAUUCCAAGCGCUUGAGCGCGACCCGUGUCCACCUCCGCGGCGCUCAAUAAAGUUGCUCGCUUGUUGCCGUCUCGCCCGCAAGAGAGGCUGAGCGCGCCGCCCAGCAAGUCUCGCGAGAGUCAGCGGCGUCCGCCCUUGGGCGCUGGGAGCCGUGGGGUCUUGCGGUGCGGGGCCCGGGGUGUUCCGUCAUGGCUAAGACGCUUCUUCACCAGUACUGGGACAUCCCCGAAGGUACCGAGUGCCACCACAAGGCCUACGCCACCACCAGUAUCGGUGGCGCCACUGGCCUCAUCGCCUCCGCCUACAGCGUGGCGCUCCAGACCCCGGCCUCCUUCCUGGAGGGAGUGGCGAGGACAGGACGGUACACGUUUACCGCAGCUGCCAUCGGUGCCAUAUUCGGCCUCACCUCCUGCAUCAGCGCCCAGGUCCGCGAGAAGCCUGACGACCCUCUCAACUACUUCCUCGGAGGCUGCGCCGGAGGCUUGGCCCUGGGAGCACGCACCCACAGCUACGGGAUUGGAGCUGCCGCCUGUGCGUACAUGGGCAUGACGGCCGCCCUGGUCAAGAUGGGCCAGCUGGAGGGCUGGAAGGUGUUUGCAGAGCCCAAGGUGUGAGCCCUGCCGCCUCCUGGAACUUCAGGCAGGUUGAAAUUCGUCUAAAAAUAAUAAAUUCUGUGUAUGUCUG